CCCUGACAUUUGAGGAGCCCCGGGGAUGCAGUGAGCAUGCUCUGUGCUCCCUCCCGCUGGGAAGAGGAAGCUCAUUUGCAUACGAGUCAUACCAGGCAUAGUGGCGUGUGGGCGCCGCGGACUUGCAGCGGGCUGUGAGGGACGCGGGCGCCGCUUUGUCCUAGGAAAUGUGCUUCGUGGUUUUCUUCCUUGCUCCUUCCUUACGUCGAAGAAAGCUUCAUCAGGACUUCUGAAACGAUUUUUAAAUGCUUGAUUGAGGAUCCAGGACGUGUACCGUCUACAAAUAAACCCUUGAAGGGUUUUCUGCAGUUCGAUUUUUUGCGAGUGCGUUCUUUUUUCUUUCUUUCUUUUUCUUUCUUUUUUUUUUUUUUUUAGCUUACUUUGUUUUGAUCAGCUGAGGCUGGGCCUCCGUCUUUGUGAAGUUUCAAGAGAAGAGCCAGGAGCUACUCAGCAAUAAUUGCUUUUUGAAACGUACUCUUUCAGGGCGAAAGCAAAGAGCUGGUUUUCUGCGCUAGCCCAAUAAAUGCUAUUUAUGAAGAUGGACCUGUUGAACUACCAGUACUUGGACAAGAUGAACAACAAUAUCGGCAUUCUGUGCUAUGAAGGUGAAGCUGCUCUCAGGGGGGAGCCCCGGCUGCAGACCCUCCCUGUGGCCUCGGCCCUCACCGGUCACCGCACGGGGCCCCCGCCCAUCAGUCCCAGCAAGAGGAAGUUCAGUGUGGAGCCUGGGGACGACGACCUGGACUGUGAGGGCGACCAUGCUUCCAAGAUGAGUCGCAUCUUCGCCCCCCACCUGAGCAAGACUGCCAAUGGAGACUGCCGGAAAGACCCCCGGGAGCGGAGCCGCAGCCCCAUCGAGCGCGCCGCGGCCCCCACCAUGAGCCUGCAUGGCAGCCACCUAUACACGUCCCUCCCCAGCCUCAGCAUGGAGCAGCCCCUCGCACUGACCAAGAACAGCCUAGACACCAGCAGGCCAGCCGGCAUCUCACCCACCCUGACCCCAGUGGAGCGGCAGCAGAACCGGCCCUCGGUGAUCACGUGCGCCUCUGCCAGCACCCGCAACUGCAACCUCUCCCACUGCCCUGUGGCGCACAGCGGCUGUGCAGCCAGCCCGGCCAGCUUCCGGAGGGCCUCGAGCUCCGCCACCACCUGUGACCCCGUGGUGGAGGAGCAUUUCCGCAGGAGCCUGGGCAAGAACUACAAGGAGCCUGAGCCGGCACCCAACUCCGUGUCCAUCACAGGCUCUGUGGACGACCACUUUGCCAAAGCCCUGGGUGACACAUGGCUGCAGAUCAAGGCAGCCAAGGACGGCGCAUCCAGCAGCCCCGAGUCAGCCUCGCGCAGGGGCCAGCCCGCCAGCCCCUCUGCGCACAUGGUCAGCCACAGCCACUCCCCAUCCGUGGUCUCCUGAAGGAGCGCUGCCCGCGAACAUGAUGCGGAUCUGCAUGGUUUGCCUGAGCUUUGAACAGUCAGUGCUUAAAAAAUGGGGCGGGGCGGGGGGGAGUCACAGGGGUGGGGUGGGAGGAAGGGAGGGGUGGUUUAUUCGCAAAACCAUGACGUCGGGAUUUUUGUUGUUUUGUACUUGCUUGGUAUUUGUACAUGGGGCCCUCAAACAGCAGCAUCCAUGGUGGCACCUGUCCGAUGCGGCACCUAACUUCCUGCCUCAGUCACCAAAGAAACCCUGGUGCAGGGCUGCUGCCUGACAGGGGCCAGAACUCCGCGGCGCUUUCAGUCACAGGCCAGGCCACUGGUGACCAGACGCUUUGUGCUUUCUCAUUUGCUUCUUGAGACCGGGGUGUGUGUGUGCUUGUGUGUGUGCGUCUACUUGAAGAGAACGGAACUGUCGUGUCUGAUUUGCACUAUGGGAGGAGGACUGAAGUUGCCUGCCUGACAACUUGGUGCAAGAUGCUAGUACUCUGAGGGCAGACUGCUGAAAACCAGAGGGUUUAAGGAUGACAUUUCUGACCAUUUGUGUGGGGGUUUUUUGGUUGUUUUUAAAAUUUAGACAAAACUGCUUUGGAAGGGGAAGUCUCAUGCAGGUUAUAGGUCUUUCUCUGUCUAGAUAUCAGGUGCUUGCAACUGGACUGCAGACUCCACCAAUCACGGGCAUUUUACCUUUUCUAAACACUGCAGUUUGUUAGACUAGAGCUGAGGUUGGAGGAUUCCGUAGUGCUUUAAACGUGAUGCAUGUUUUAAUGGAUAAAAAUAGCUGGUUUCUAUUAAUUGUAUAGACAGUAAACAAAAACCUUAAUACUUUAGCUUUUCAGAGUUUGUUUAUUUUUGUCAGUUACAGUCCUAGAUAUACUUACUGCUGGUACAGUUGUACUCUAAGAUUUGUGUUUGAUAUUCACGUUACUCCCAAGUGGCGCGGGCCCUGGAGAAGGGCAGGCGAGUGGCUGGUCAGCCGUGGGUAGGAUGCUGGAGUUUUUGGCCGCAGGCUGACCUCAUCAUUUAUUUUUUGCAUCCGUCUGCUUAUUACACAUCUUAGGGGAGCUGGCGUUUGUGUCUUCCAGCCCCCUCCUCGCAGAAACUGCUCUCUUUGAACUCUUGGCUGAACAGCAGAUUCCUGACAAUCUGUGAUACGGGAUUUUGUACAUGUCCUUGUACACCGCGGCCAAGGCAGCAUACAUUCCUCUGAUUUUACACAGUUACAACAGCAUUUAUUAUCGUUUGCUCUAGUAAUAGCUACUAACUAGAAAUUAGGUGAAGAAGAAAGCAUGACAGACCCAGCUGUGGAUGUUCAACAGCUGCUCCUCUUGAUAAAUGUUUCUAUGCCCCACCCCCCCCGCCCCGCGCUACCUUCCCACCUCGCCAACUAGGGCGCUUGCGCGCUCGCCUGGCUGCGCGGCACUGUGGACUCACGGGGGCCCUUGAGGCUGGUUUUCAGUAUGAGAAAGAUCCAGGUUAGCAGAUUCGUUUUAAAACGUGGCCUUGGGUGAAAAGGCACGCGGACUGGCUCUUGUGGCCACAGGGCGGCUGCAGGUCUUUUAACAGGCGGGAGGAAAGCUGCCUCCUUGGGCCCCCCGCACACAUUUCCCUCCCACUUAACUGGGCUUCCAGGCUUUUGCAUUCAGGCCCCUAUAUUUUCUGUAGGAAAAAUCGUUGAGAACACUUUUUUUAUAUAGGUAACUUUAAGACCAUCAUUACGCUGUGCGUAAAGAAUGUACAGAGAAAUUUGUAGGUAUUUUUUGAAGAACAAUUAAUUUGUUAAUGAUAUGUAGCUAUUUAAUUUUUCCCUUUCCUAUUGUAAUCAUUCAUAUUUUUUUUGUUUGGAAAAAAAAAGUUGAUCUUUUUUUUUGUCGUAGAUUUGUCUGUAAAAGUGCAGGAACACAGUUAUUCUAUGAGAACACUGCAUCUGCCUUAAUAGCCACUAGUUUGUUAUUGCUACAGGCUACUGAGCGUCGCCACAGGAAAACUCCCCCGCUGCUGGCGGCUCUGUCAAGAAUAGGUUCCUCACACGCCCACCGUCCACCAGCGAGGCCAUCACUUUGGAGGGGACAAUGGCGCUGAGGGCCGGGUCCCCAGCGCGCUGACCUGUCUGGGAUAGGCGGCACCCGGGAGGAGGCCUUAGGCAGACGGGGAAGCAGAAAACCAAACAUGUCACCGGGAAGGGACACUCCCUGGCCUCGGGUGGGCACAGUGAGGUUCCUCACUGAGCCACGCCAUCUGCAGUGUGCUCUGACCAUUCUCUCCAUGUUUGUAAAUCUGUAAUAUACCAUUCUCUGUGGCCUGUUUUUCCUGGAAGAAGAAGAAAAAAAAAAGGUUUGGCAGGCCAUCUUUUUUUUGUACUUAAAAGUAGCCUUAAGAACAAUAAUAAAGUGCUCUUAAACCACA